AUGGUAAUCCCCGCUCCUGUUUCAAACGGUUUUCAACAACAACAACAGCAACAGCAACAGCAACAACAACAGCAACACCAAGCGUCUCAGAUCAACAACAUAUAUUCCAAGAGGCUGAUUGUUGAUAGUGGGGAACUGUAUAUGGACUAUAACUUCCCAACUAAACAUCUGCGAAACUUCAUUCUGACAGAUUUUAGUCAUCAUACUUUUGGCCCUACAGAUUUUCGUGGUAAAAGGCACUUUGGGGGGAUUUUGAGAACUCGAAAUGGUACAUUCUGA